CGAAUAGUCACGCAUUGGGAAGCGCACUGAACAUCUCCUACGUAGUCCUUAUCACUAAUUUUCUCUCUAUAAAUCCAUAUAUAUGGGAGUAUUGAUUUCUCACACCUACUGAGAGCAUACUCGUCGAUCUCAUAACUGUGUAGCAUUUUUUGUUUUUCCUUUUUUUGUUUGUUUAUUCGUGGGAAAAAAAUGGAGGGAGUGGAUUACCUAGCUGGCGAGAGGAAGAAGGCGGAGUUCGAUGUCCAGGCUAUGAAGGUUGUCUGGGCCGGCUCGCAGCACAACCUGGAAGUUUCCGAUCGUAUAUCCAAGCUCGUGGGCGAGGAUCCAGCUGCCAUACUUCAACUUCUAUGGCUUAAUUUGGGGAUGAAUUUUAGUUUUCAAAUUUCUUCUUUCAUCAAAUCAAACCAUUUCAUUGCACUGUUCCUGUGUGGUUGGAUAUACAUUAACGUAUUCCGUAAAGAUGACAGAACUAUGCUUCCAAGAAAGGAAUUGUUCAAACAAACCCUUAGAAAAGCAGCUUAUGCCUGGAAACGGAUUGUUGAGCUUCGUCUUUCAGAAGAAGAGGCAUCUAAAUUAAGGUUUUAUGUGGAUGAACCAGCUUAUACUGAUCUUCAUUGGGGAAUGUUUAUACCCGCGAUCAAAGGCCAGGGCACUGAGGAACAACAGCAGAAAUGGUUGCCAUUGGCCUACAAGAUGCAGAUAAUUGGCUGCUAUGCACAAACUGAACUUGGUCACGGUUCAAAUGUUCAAGGUCUGGAGACCACAGCAACAUUUGAUCCUCAUACGGAUGAAUUCAUAAUUCACAGUCCUACGUUGACUUCAAGCAAAUGGUGGCCUGGCGGACUAGGCAAAAUAUCCACACAUGCAGUUGUUUAUGCUCGUCUCAUUCUAGAUGGUAAAGAUCAUGGUGUUCAUGGCUUUAUUGUCCAACUACGGAGCUUGGAGGACCACAGUCCUCUUCUGGGAAUCACUGUUGGUGAUGUUGGAAUGAAAUUUGGAAAUGGAGCAUACAACACCAUGGACAAUGGGGUGUUGAGAUUUGAUCAUGUCCGCAUACCAAGAAAUCAGAUGUUGAUGAGGGUUUCACAGGUGACAAGGGAAGGGAAAUAUAAGCAAUCAGAUGUGCCGCGGCAGCUUGUUUAUGGAACCAUGGUUUAUGUCCGUCAAAAAAUUGUAGCAGAUGCUUCUUGUUAUUUAUCAAGAGCAGUUUGUAUUGCUACUAGAUACAGUGCUGUACGCAGACAGUUUGGAUCACAGAAUGGAGGACCUGAAACUCAGGUCAUUGAUUACAAAACCCAACAAAGCAGACUUUUUCCUUUGCUGGCUUCUGCUUACGCCUUUAGAUUUGUUGGAGAAUGGCUUGAAUGGCUUUACAUGGAUGUAACAAGAAGACUGAGAAACAAUGACUUCUCGACUUUGCCUGAGGCUCAUGCUUGCACUGCAGGGUUGAAGUCCCUGACUACAUCUGUCACUGCUGACGGCAUUGAAGAAUGCCGGAAGUUAUGUGGUGGCCAUGGUUACCUUUGUAGCAGUGGGCUACCAGAAUUAUUUGCAGUAUAUGUUCCAGCUUGUACAUAUGAAGGAGACAACGUUGUCCUGCAACUACAGGUUGCUAGGUUUCUCAUGAAAACCGUCUCCCAGCUUGGGAGUGGCAAACAGCCUGUGGGGACCAUUGCUUAUAUGGGAAGAAUCGAACAUCUAAUGCAAUGCCGGUGUAAUGUACAAAAAGCUGAGGAUUGGUUAAAACCUGAUCAAGUAUUGGAAGCGUUUGAGGCAAGAGCAGCUAGAAUGUCCGUUUCCGUGGCUCGGAACCUAAGCAAGUUUGCCAACCCUGAAGAAGGCUUUGCUGAGCUGUCGGCUGAUUUGGUUGAGGCAGCAAUUGCUCACUGCCAGUUAAUUGUCGUCUCCAAAUUUAUCGAGAAGGUACAGCAAAAUAUUGUGGGCGAAGGUGUGAAGCAGCAGUUAGAAGCACUUUGUGGUAUCUAUUACCUCUCUCUUCUCCACAAGCACCAGGGCGAUUUCCUGUCCACGAGUUAUCUCACGCCUAAGCAGGCUGCACUUGCUAAUGAUCAGCUUAGAUCAUUGUUCACCAAGGUUCGUAUCUUAGGACAUUACCUUAUGUGCACACCCUUCAUUUUGCAAGCCUUAAAAAAUCCGAGAAAGUUGUAA